AUGGCUCUGUGUGGCAGCCAUCGCCAGACUCCAGCUGAACAAGGAUAUGCACUCACCGAAGGUGAGGCGCUGGAAGUGGCGUAUUGCCUCCACAAGGCGCGGCUCUUUCUACAAGGCUGGCCUAAUCUACUCCUGGUGACCGAUCACCGUCCUCUGGUGGGCCUGUUAGGUGACAAAGCCCUCACGAAUGUGGCAAAUCCGCAGCUGUUUAGGCUGAAGGAGCGGACACUUCAGUUCAAGUUCACCAUUCGCUACCUGCCGGGAAAGAAGAAUUGUGCUGCAGACUUUCUGUCCAGAUACCCGUCCAUGAAGUCACCUAGUGUGCUGUAUGAGGAACAGGAUGAGGAGCUGGCAAUGGCCAUGGCCGUCGCCACGGUUGCAGCAUUGGACCUUCAGGAUAGUCUCACCUUCGAUGAGGACAUGGUGCUUCAAGCGUCGCAGGACGACCUAGUGUACCAGAUACUGCUGGCUAAGGUGUUGGCUAGCGACUGGCACCCACAGAGGUCUGAGGAGUUGGCUUGCCUACGCCCCUUCUACAGCAUCAGAGAGAGGUUGGGUGUAUCGCGAGGCCUGGUGACGUACGCAUUCGAGCAAAACCACCCACAGCUAGUGAUUCCAGACCUCCUACGCAAGCAAGUAACAACCCACCUUCACGCAGGUCACCAAGGAAUCGAUUCCAUGCUCAGGAGAGUACGACAAGCAGUAUACUGGCUGGGCAUUGAGGGCGAUCUACGACACUACCGCGCCAGCUGCGACACCUGCAAGGCACAUGCUCCCUCGCAGCCUCCCUCGCCUCUCCUCUUCACCCCGUCCCCGUCUACCCAUUUCAACAGACUGUGGCGCACCUGUUUCAGCUGGAGGGGCACGAUUACAUAG